AUGUUGUGCGACUUUUUCAGAUCAGAGUCUGAAUACCGUGCCCCAGUGGUUAGUGCAAACUGUCUGGUUCCCACCGACGAUUCCGAGACUGUUGUGUUUUACUCCCCACAGUACGAGGAGAACCUUCUCAUGAAGUACCUGGGUGAGUCAUCAUCUGGUGAUAGUGUGGAUGAGUGCAGUACUUUGUUUUGCAACUACGAUUCACACUUUGCUAAUGAGCUAUUGGAGGACAAUAUGAUGCCCAGCUAUGGCAGUAUUGAUCCUACCCAUUCCCCUGUCUCCCUAUAUGAAGCUACGUCAUUCUGUGAUGAUAUGAACACCAUCGACGGAUGCAGUGUGACUAAAGCACAUAAAUCUGAGGAAGAGUCUCGUAGCAAACAAAAGCCACUCACAUCUCCAAGUGAUGCUCGAAUUCAAAAGCCUUCUCGACGUGGACGUCCUAUGAAGAUCACCAGUACAUCAAAGAUGGCGAACUACGCUAGGAAUUAUCGUGAACAGAAGAAGAGUCAACUGAUCGCAUAUGAAGCUCAGGUUAAGCAGUUGACAGAAGAAAACGAGUAUCUCCGUGCUGAAAAUAAGCGUUUAACUGAAGGGUUUGCACGGCUCAAUAAGCAAGUGGAGAAUCUUCGUAGAAUGCUAGAGAACAAUUCUCAUUUUUCUCAUGAUUCUUUGCAAACACCUUUCGCUUCUCCUAUAUUUCAUCAGAAGGAUUUUGCUGACGAUUUACUCGACUUCAAUGAUCUAGUAGUAUUUCCACAGUAG